AUGUGGGAUACGGAGUGGGAUCUGCAGCAGAAGAAGAUCAGAUAGCAGAUAUAUCAAGAAAGUGUGAGACUCCCGACUGCCCGUGACUCUAAAAUAAACUGUGAGGGAUUGAUUUUUGAUUGGAUUGGACCCUUUAGGCCAUGGGAGCCCUACAGACGUUGAAUUGGGGAUAGCUGUGAUCAAGUCGCUGUGCUGUUUUGAGGUCAUGAUUAUGGCUUCAGUGCUUAACUAAAGUAUUUUUUGUGUUUCUGUUCAUCUGGAUAUCAGUCGAGUAGUAACUUUGGAGGACUUGACAGUAGGAGGGAUUGUAAUGCUUUGCUUAUUGAGUGGAGAAAGAGACACGUUAAAACUAGGAGGCACAGACAUGAUGCUACUCUUCGACCGUUUACUUUUCUGCCUCGGGAGGAUUGAGUGGUUCUACCCAUAACAGAAGAGAAGAUUUGAAGGAAGCCUGAGGAGAAACAUGCAGCAGUUUGGCUAAAAGACAGGGAGAUCUGGAAGAAAAAGAAAGUUGGAAAUCAACAUUUAUUGGAAACGUUUGCACACAAGGAAACGACUUUUGUGCCUCACCUCUCAAUUCCAGUCUGUUUUGGACCGAGCCGCGUACUUCCUGUGAGCCUGGUCAGUUUUGUAUGAUCAAGGCUGAUAGUGAGAACGUGGCUGAGCCCCACUGAGGCAUGAGUGUGGGAAGGGCCCACCACCACAGUUUUGUGUCCUGUGAAGAAGGCCUGAGACUGAGUACAAUGCCUGCUGUGGGCAGCUUCGGCAAUGGCAAGAUUCACACGAGACGCAAGUACCACAGCCGCUUUGUCAGCAAGGCUGGCCAAUGCAACAUCCAUUUCUCAAACAUGGAUGAGAAGUCACAGCGGUACAUAUCGGACAUUUUCACAACGUGUGUAGAUGUCCGCUGGCGAUACAUGUUCCUGCUAUUCGGACUGGUGUUUGUGGUGUCCUGGCUAACAUUUGGCUUGGCAUACUGGAUCAUCGCCCUCCUACACGGUGACAUGGACCAUUCCGAAGGGGACGACAGCUUUGUUCCUUGUGUCACGCAGGUUAACACCUUUGUGGCAGCUUUCCUGUUCUCUGUUGAGACCCAGACAACCAUUGGGUAUGGUGCUCGUUGUGUGACAGAGGAAUGCCCGGUUGCUGUCUUCAUGGUGGUCUUUCAGUCCAUCAUGGGCUGCAUCAUCGAUGCAUUCAUGAUUGGUGCCAUCAUGGCCAAGAUGGCAAGGCCCAAAAAGCGUGCAGAGACUCUACUGUUCAGCCACAACGCAGUCAUCGCUUUGCGUGAUGGGAAACUGUGCCUCAUGUUUAGGGUUGCUAAUCUGAGGAAGAGCCACAUUGUGGAAGCUCAUGUGCGAGCCCAGCUCGUCAAGCCCCGUUACACAGAGGAAGGCGAAUACAUCCCCUUGGAUCAGCUUGACAUGAAUGUCGGUUACGAUAAUGGCACAGACCGCCUGUUUCUGGUUGCACCCCUCACGGUCAUACAUGAGAUUGAUGAAGAAAGUCCACUGUUUGGCAUCAGUAAGCAGGAUCUCGAAACAUCUGACUUUGAGAUAGUAAUUAUACUUGAAGGGUUGGUGGAAGCCACAGCCAUGACGACGCAGGCACGCAGCUCUUACCUGCCCUCGGAGAUCCUGUGGGGUCACCGCUUUGAGCCCGUCAUCUUUGAGGAGAAGAGCCAGUACAGGAUAGAUUAUGCCUACUUUCACAAAACAUUCGAAGUACCAUCCACCCCCAGGUGCAGUGCCAAGGACAUGGAGGAGAGAAAAUUCCCAACAUCUGCCGCCAACUCCUUUUGCUAUGAGAACGAGCUGGCCUUCAUCAGCAAGGAUGAGGAGGGAGAUGUGGAGAAAGAGGAAGACAGGAAGUGUUCAUCAGAGCGAGUGAACGAGCAGACCACACCUGGACGUGAUCAGAAGUCAUCCCGUAGAGAAUCAGAGAUUUAACUUUUGGCUGUUGCUUGUUUUUAGUUUUUUGAUGCAGAGCAAUGCAAGCGUUGUGUGAAAAGCCCUAUGACUGUCCCUCUACUGAUAUGAGGAUACCAGGAAAGAUGGAGAAACAGCAGUACUGAUCUCCAUCAGACAAGCAAGGAUGAAACUCACAUUUCUCAUUGGAUUAACUCUUCUGCUUCCCUGAGAUGGUUACGGAACUUUAUUAAAUGCAAAAAAACUAAACUGUCAUGUUUCAAUGUGCAGUUGAUCGUAAUAAAGUGCAUGACAAUA